AUGUCUACACCAGGAAAAAAAGUUCCGAACCCGCAAGUAGCGGUCAACAUACAAAAGGCAAGUAGUGACUUGUUAGAUAAAACAUCCACCCUCGAACGACGCGUUACCAGCGAUUCGGUUAAAUCGGCUUUAGGAAUACUGCAAGAAAUUGGAAUAAAAGAUGACAUUGAAAAUUUUAUACGGCACGUUGACCCAGACACUCCCGCCGAACGAAAUGCAGAAGCGCGAGAAAUCACACUCCGAAUAUUCAAGUUGGACAGACUGUUGACCUUUCUGCUCUACUAUACUUCACUAGCAUUAAAUUGCUUGACUCUGCUGGGUCCCUCAAAGUCAUUCGGGGAUUUCAUGUAUAAUGUGUUCAUUAAAUCGUUUGACGUCACGGAAUGGGAUUUUCUAAAGUUUACGACCGUUGGAAAAAUAAGCGGAGCUACAUGUACCUUACAGGUUGGAUUCUUUAUUAUUGCCAAUGCCUUGGUGUUGGUGUAUACUCGACUCCAUCCUCGAGGCGAAGAUGCAUUGUACAAGGGAUUAAGAGGGCCGAUUUACUUUGGAGGUCCGUUGCAGAUAUUCCAUCUGUUUGGCUCAUCAUUGAAAUCCUACUACAAGGCGGUCAGAAAAUCCGAUGCACAGUUUGCCGACAUUAUCAAUUUCAUAAGCCAGACGCUAAUCGUCGUUGUGACGGCGUUAUCAUCGCACAGUAAAUACGAAGUGCUCGAAACUGAAGAAGGUCCGGAAUCGAGUAGCUCUUUCUUCCGUCGCCAAUUUCCAGUCGACAAUUCGACCGUUGAGCCGACGGAAACUGAAUUACAGAAUCAAGCAAUGAUCGCUCAGUCUACCCUGGUUAUAUCUUCGGUGGCGAUUAUUAUGCUUUCGUUGCUGAAUAUGCUUUCAUGGCUUAGCAAUAUUUGGACCGUAGAGCAGGAUGAAGUUAUUGUGUAUGCGCUGUUUAAGCUGAUUACGAGAAUCCUAGUCUGUUAUCCGUGCUGUAAGGAUAAAUUUGUUGGUGAUGGUCAGGAUGCAAAGGACAUAGAGAAAGAAAAGUUGAUGGAGAAGGGGAAGAGUGUGAUGAGGGGUAAUAUUUAG